GGAAGAAUCUGGCAACCCGUAUCCCAUCUGUCACACAUUCUGUCAUUGGGCAGGACACAAACAUUGUUUCAUGUUAGUAGCAUUAUCCUGACAUUUGAAAAGCUGUCAGCAGAAGGCAUGGGCUCCGGAGAGAGUACGACCAGGAAAGUGUCUUUCGGUGUCGAUGAUGAGGACAGAGUCAGGAUUCUCCGUGGAGUCAAGCUGUCAGAAGAUGUGCUUCAGAGGAUGAGAGGAGUGGCCAACAUUCCUCCAGAACGCUCAUCAACAACCUCAAGCCCUCAGAAAGACACAGGUACAUCUCGUCCUGUCAAUUCAGGCUCUCGACCACAGCACCGGACCCAACCAGGUAACCAGUCCAGCAAACCAGCCUCCUACGCUAAAGAAGAACAAAAGAGGUAUGAACGGCAGCAGACAAUACUGAAGGAGGAGUUGGCCAAGCUGGUGCAAAGAGAGAAGGAAGCAGCAAGGGAGGAGAUGACGAAAGCCAUGAGCCGGGAAAGACAACACACACGCCAAGAAGCUGACAAGGCCAAACAACUGUCUGCAGAUGAGAUAGAAAUGAUGGCUCAGCAGCUACAGAAGAAAGACUCACAGCUGAAAGCAAUGGAUGCCUUCUACAAGGAGCAGCUGGCACAGCUGGAGAAGAGGAAUUUGGAAAGAUACGAGCAGAGCAAAGAGGAAUUCCACCACGCUGCGUCCAAGACGGAAGCAAAUGUCAGGUCUCGCAGUACAGAACCGGUGUGUUCUGGCCUCCAGGCUCAGAUUCUAACCUGUUACAAGGAGAACAGUGACCAGACCUUAAGGUGUUCAGACCUGGCCAAAGAAUACAUGCAGUGUAUCAAUGCUGCAAAGAAGAGUGACUGUCUGAUGUAAAAGUACAAAAUACAAGUUCUCCAGUGGAACCAACUUGUUUUCCUAAAGAACCUGCUGGUCAACCAUGGAUGAAGAGUGGGAGUUAAAGGGUAAAGGAGUUAUUUUACAAAGGCUUUUAUUGAGGCACAAAGAGCGGCACAGAUUGCAUUCCUGCUUUCAUUUACCAGUGUUCAUUUGCUUUUAGCAUGCCUUGUUUUCAGAACUUUUUAUUACACUAUUUAUCCACUGUAUCAUCCAUUAAAGUUGCUCUGUUAUUUUGCACUGCUAUAUUAUACUGGAAGGUUUUUUGAAAAACAAAAAAGAGUGUGUGCAUCAGGUUCACGGUCUAAGUCAGGGCACUUUCAUUUCAGUCAUUUACAAGAUCUGCAAGCAGUAUUUGUAAGACUUGACAUGUAAAAAUGCAUUCAGGGCCACUCCUCCAUCAGCUGAAUGUAACAUUCAGCUUACGUCGAAACCUCUGCAGCUUUUGAAGGAAUGAAAAGAAAGAAAAGAAUAUCAGAAGUGAGUUGAGUAGAGUGCGUAGGGACCGUCCUUGUUUUGAUCCCUGACUGAAAGAAGAACUGAUUCAGUUUUAUUUCUUUUGAGUUUUAAGGUUUUGUAUUUUUUGAAUGCCACAGGAAUAAGCUCAGGUAAUCCUGGCCAUGACUUUCAAUCAUCAGACCUGUGAUGUACUACAUGAUUUUAUUAAACCAUUUACAUCCUG